AUGAAUGAUAAAGUAAUUAAAUUUGGAGCUUGGUUUUUACAUGGGACGGUAACAGCCAAUCCAUUUGAAACGGUAUCAACUUGCAUUCCUGUUAUGGUCUCGGCCUUCGGCCUUCCUGUCGAAAAGAUAGGCAUUAUCACAUCCACGUGUAUCAGGAAUAUUGAAUUGUCAAGUGUCCUAACCCAAAUAGUUUUGUUAUUAAUAGGCAUUAAACAUCGCUUUUGGGGAUUCAUAAUACCUUUUCUUAAUCUAGUAAUAUCGGUAUUACUAGUGUUACACACCUUAUAUUGCGAUGGAUACGACGGAGAAUAUCUUUUUUAUUGUCUCAUGUUCCUGGUAGGAAUUAGUGAGGGGUCAUCCACACUGGCCUCUGUAUCUUGGAGAAUGGAUGUCACUACCUCAAUAAUAACAGGAUUCACAUUCGCUGGGCUGCCACAAAAAAUUUACCAACAGGUGAUUCUCGGUGCCAUAGACGUUAGUGAUCCAGUUAUAAUGCGCAAUUUGCUAUUAAAACUAUGGGUAUUCAAUUUGGUGAUUGUGGUGAUAUACCUUGUGUUAAUACUUAUCGACAUAUUCUACUUGAUUCCAAACCCAAAUGCAGAUUAUAAAUUUUUUGGUGAUUGUAAAAUACUCAUGGAAACAGUAAAAAAUCUGCACUAUGUAAAAUAUCCUAUCAUACUAACUAUACUGAUGGAAUCUGGAUUCUACUUAUUCUACCCUUCAAUUGUAAUCUUUUCAAUAGAUUCUUAUACUAAGGAUAACUAUGAAUGGAGAAGCACUCUACUAAAUCUCGUACAAUCAGUGGUUGUCGUGGUUGUGUCAUUAAUGUUUCUUAUGUGGGAUAUAUUUGAACCUGAGAAGUUGCAACGUGAGGGAUUUCCCGCAUAUAAAAAUCAUAUGCAGUUCAUUAAUUUAAAGGGUAAUUGGGUUUGGUUGGCACUGGCAGUUGCAAUGUUUACUCUUCGAUCGUUCUUUGGUCUAGCAUUUAUAUUUUCCUAUAGCUUCCCUAAUAAUUCAUUUUUGAAUUACCUCAAGACCUACCAUAAUUUAUUCCCAAUUGUUUUGUUCAUGGGUGUAACUAGGGCAUACGGUUCAAAUUUUUCCACGGGUAACUGUUUCGGCCUGAUGUUACAACAUUUACUUUUAGACACGCUAACUACCUCUAAUAAUACUAUUGUUGAUAAACUUGGCAGUCUUAAAGAUGCAUCUAUUAGUACAGAUGGUAAUACUGAAUUACAGACAGCUUUUAAUAAUUCUAAAACUAAAUUUACAAGUGCUCAUACCACAUAUAGUGGUGUGUCAACUAAUAGCAGCAACACUACAGAUCUAACGUCGCAAGCCAUUGAAUUGGAACAACACCUCAUUCAGAUUAUAGAAGCUGGAGGAAGUGUAGGAACAGAUAGUAGUAAUAAAGCUAUAGUUGAUAAUGCCAAAGAACUUUAUUCUGCAAUUAACAAACUUACAAACAUAUCUUACAAGAGUACACAGCUAUUGUUUUUCAUAAUGAUAUAUUCGCUUCUAUAUUUUGCAGAAUUCCAGAACAGAUUUUUAAAGACCCAUUUGGAGAUCAGAGGGUCUAAGGAAAUUAAUGGUUACCAUUUUACCGACAAAUACGGAGGGUUUAAGAUGUUUUGGUGGUGGAUUUAUCGUGUUCCCGUUCUAAGUUCCAUCCGAUUGGUUUGGCCCUUUUAUACCUCAUAG